UCUUUUCCGGUGUCGCUGCUUCUCAUCAUUCCCGCCCUCUGAUGACUCCUAAUUUUGGUAAAGGCCUGGGGUCCCUUCUGUCAAACUCUGGGUCCUCAGCCGCGGCGCCACUCACCAGAGCCGGCAGCCUGUAUGGUGUUAACUGGCGGACCUGUUGCCCACUUCCCAUGCGUGCGGAACCAGAGGUGCAGACUCGGUUUCCAGCAGAUUGCGAAGAGAAGCGCUAUCCGGGCUUCCUCAAGCGCUGUGGAGGUACUUUUGCGGGUGUGCUUCCGCCGUCGCCACUGAGUUCGAGUCUCUUCCCUCCUGGGUCGGGCUGCUGAGAACGACAAGAUGAAGGCGAAGGCCACGGCGCCGGUUUCCCAACCUGAGCCUAUCAAGGAGCUCGUUCGGAAGAAAGCCAGGAAGAGGUUCAGGAAGAGCAAAGCGCAGGGAGGAAGCGUGGCCCCGGGAAGCCUCCCAGCAGCUGUCGCAGUCCGACCGCCAAAGGCCCCAGAGAACUUUUCUCAAAAUUGGAAGGCGCUGCAAGAGCUGCUGAAACAGAAGUCACAAGCUCCAGAAAAACUUCUUGUCUCUCAGAUGGAUGACAAAAUGCAUCCCCAAAUAAUCCAGCAGAACAAAAAAGAGACUUCAGAUAAAGCAAAGGGAGAUGGGAAGAGGACAGAAAAAGACCAGACCAUUAAGGGUUCUGUUACCGCUCUGUCUAAGAAGGACAGGAAGAGACCUGUACCUCCCACAAAUUCCUCUGGACCAGAACAGAAGAAAAGUGCCCAGAAGAGGACAUUUAGUGACAACGCUUCUCAUCAGGAGGACAUCAAGCAUAAAUGGAAAGCUAAGGAGGUAGCUGUCGUCUUGAAUCAGUCCUCACCUACUGAGGAAGACAUCUGGUUUGAUGAUGUGGAUCCAGAUGAUAUUGAGGCUGCCAUAGGCCCAGAGGCAGCCAUGCUGGUACGGAAGCGGCUGGGACAGAAGAGCAAGAGUACCAUCUCCCUGGUGAAGGAACAGGCCUUUGGCGGCCUGACAAAAGCCUUGGCCCUGGAUUGUGAGAUGGUAGGCGUGGGCCCCAAGGGGGAAGAGAGCAUCGCAGCCCGUGUGUCCAUCGUGAACCAGUAUGGGAAAUGUGUUUAUGACAAGUACGUCAAGCCAACUGAGCCGGUGACAGACUACAGGACAGCAGUCAGUGGGAUACGGCCUGAGAACCUGAAGCAGGGAGAAGAAUUUGAAGUCGUGAAGAAGGAAGUGGCAGAAAUGUUGAAGGGCAGAACCCUGGUUGGGCACGCGCUGCACAAUGAUUUAAAGGUUCUGUUCCUUGAUCAUCCAAAGAAGAAAAUCAGGGAUACCCAAAAAUUCAAACCUUUCAGAAGUCAAGUAAGGAGUGGAAAGCCAUCUCUGAAACAACUUUCUGAGAAAAUUCUGGGGAUCAGGGUCCAGCAGGCAGAGCAUUGUUCGAUUCACCUAAAAUGCCAACAUCCAGCAUGGUGUUCUCCACACUGUCCUUGGGAUGAGACUUGGGGCGCAGGUAUACCCAGAGGUGUAAGAUCCUACUGCCUGGGGCACUGUGAACAGAAAGGCUGUCUGCCUGCUAUCUACUAGCAACAAGUGUGGAGUGACCAGUUAACUUUAUGGACCUACCUGGCAACUCUUAGAAUGGAGCUGUGGACUGGGGUGUGACUUGGUACUCUUCCACUAUGUGCAAGACCCUGGGUCCCAGUCCCAGCACUGUCAAAAAUAAAUGGAUGGAUAAAUGGAGUUUGUGGAAGCUUAGCUUCUUCCCAUCAUCUAGAAUUUCCCAAAGCCCUGCAGUGUAGGACCACUGACACCACAGCCAGGCAUGCCAUGAACAACUUAGGGCUUCUUUAUUAGUGCAAAAUACAAUACUGGUCCUGGUGAUACUUUCCAGGAUCAGAAGGGCAGCAUCUCAGCGCUGGAAGAUAGGAUCUUCCUGAUGUGGGAAGGAAACCUUGGGGGCUUCCAGCUCUGAAGCAGGUUCAAGCUGCUUCUCCUGGGGCCUGGAACAUGCAGCUGCCUCCAGUGCCUGAAGUACUGUGUCAGCAUAAGAAAUCAACUCCUAGAAGGAGGAAACAAGUGAACCAUUUGUUACAGUGGCUUCAGGGUCCAGGAGCAAUUACGUUGAUGACGUAACACCAACUGGAUAGUCUAACUGCCCUUCUAUCUUGGGAUUGGAUUCAGCCCAGUCACAGGAAGAGAGUAGAGGAAAAGCAUCACAUGGAGCUCUGGGUCAGUGUCAUUCAAGUGUUCUGGCUUGAUAGGGAUGUCACCAUGACUUACCAGGCUAGAAGUAAACCGCCCCCGGAUCACACGGACUAGGUCCUUGAUGCCUGCAGACUCCAGCUCUGGCAGGAUCUCCUCUGCAGUGGAGCAGAGAAGGUGAUGAGGCUCAGAAUCCCUGCCCACCAGCCAGAUAAGGUCGGUCAAGUGCCACUUUUGCUUGGAAUUAAUGAGUGGAAAGUCACAGGGGUUUCAGAACAGGCUCUGGGGCUCCUUCCCUUCCGGCCAGGGAGAGGACAAGGAAAGGGUCCUUACUGUAGGAAGCCAGGUAGGCCAACAGCAUGCAGAGGUUCUCAACCACCUCAGGGUCAUCCUUGUAGAGCUGGUACAUAUCUUGGAGGAGGUAAAGGCCACUGCUGCCCUCUUCCAUUACCACCACUUGGAAGGCCACCAGUUCUGGGGGAGAGAGGCAAGGGAGUUUGGGUUUUUAGUACAAUUUAGUGUAGUCCCUUUGCAGCUGCCCUUCUCAGCUCCCUGUGCCCAGUGUCCCUGGGAAGGAGCACUAUAGUUGUAGGGUUGCUGGGAGAGCUCUCUUUGGCCAGGAAUCCCAAUCUUUUGUGAAGGAAGCUCUUGAAGUCAGGGUUGUCCCCUGCUCUGUGUAAACUGUUGGAAGAGAUGAUUGUACCAUUUUAUCUGGUCCUGCACCUGUAGAGUACAGCUUAUCUUUGCACCUGUUGGCAGUAAGCCCCAUACCCAAGAGAAAUACAGCGCUUGGGUUCCUCUUCCCCUUAGAAAAACUGAAGCUGUGGUGUAGCACUGUGGAGAAGGGUCUCCUGUGUAGGUGGCCCUCCCACCCUGCAGCAGUUAACAGGGUUCAGGGGUGCUGAACCCUCCCCACAGGGUGCUUUGUAUAAGGGUGUCAGGGAUAAGUCAGGGGAGCUAAGAUCCCCAACUGCUUCCAGGAGGACCCACCAGCUUGAGUAGCCCAGUAGAAUGGCAUGAGUAGAACCCAGGAGUGAAACCAAGAAGACAGCUCCUGGAGCAUGGGAGAGGGAUCAUUACAGACUAAGGAUGGGAACAUCCCUGCCAUUCACUGCUGGUGACCAUGGCUUGUUCCUGGGCCCAGGGUUCUCUACAAAGGACAAUAGUACCAGUGCUUAGUGUGAGACCUGGCAUAAGCCUGGACUUGGAGACAGACCUAUAUGUAGGAAAUCCAUACAGCUGUGAGACGUGUGUAUUGGAGGGGAGGUGGUACCAAAACACCAAAAUAGAGAUGUCCCAGUGGUGUUUCCUGAAGGCUGGUUUUUCCUGUUAUAGUUUAUGGUCACUUGGUGGACAUCACUGGAGGUAGCUAACUUUUGGUUCCACCUCCAUGGUGGCAGCCUGUCUUGUCCCAGACUUACCGGACACCUUUGCAAGGCUAGCCAGGCCACGACAAGCAUUGUUCACCAGCAAUACUCUGCGAGGGCACAGCUGGAUGCUUCUCAGGAACAGCUCUACCACGUGCUCAAACUGACUCUCCUUUAUGCAGCCUGCAGAACACAAGCCUUGUUGCCUUAUGUGUCCAGGCUCACCCUCCCUGUUACCAAGACCUCAGGCUGCUCACCCAACAAGGACAGCAGCCAGAGCACAGCACAGCCAGCCUCAGCUAUUUCCACGUCUUCAGGAUACGUGGUUAGCACCCAGGUGACCAUGGUUGAGAGCGUCUUCAAGGGCUCUUUGUCCACAUCGGUAGCUAGAACCAGGACAAAGAUGGGAGACACCAGGCCAGGUAUGAACAGAAGUACCUGCUGUAUAUGUGCCCCUUCAUACUGCUCCCUCCCACCAAGAACAACAGAGGAGAAUCAAGGGAACAGAUGUCUUCAGAAAUGGGAACUGGCUUUCCAGUGCCAGAGUCUGCAGUAGUCAUCAGUAGAGGUGAGAACUUUCUGCACUUGUGUUAACAGGAUCUCUGCAGUUUUCUGGGGUUGCCAUGUCUUGGAGCCCUCUUUCCUAGGGCAAGACAGUAUCUAGAAGAGGGGGAAGGACAGGCCUCGAAACCCCAUCCUAAACCAAAAACCAGGACAGAGCAUCAAGUCUGGCUGACCUCUAAAGCCAGGGACUGCCUACUCACUCAUUGGACAAGACAUCCUGAAGGCCUUCCUUUCUUACUUACCUCUCUUGUGUCUCCCUGUGCCAUGUGCUAGCUUCACAGGGGCUGGGGUUGCCCUCCUGUGCUUAAGGGAUAGAGCAACAGUUCUCAACCUGUGGGUUGCAACAGACUGAGAACUGCUGAUACAAAGGCUCUAGCACAGUGGUUAUCAACCUUCCUAAUGCUGUGACCUUUUGAUACAGUUCUUUGUGUUGUGGUUACUCCCAACCAUAAAAUUAUUUGUGUUGCUA